AUCACUCAAUCAUCAAAGCUUUCUUCCGAUUUCUUCUUCAUCUUUCUCUCUUUUUCCUCUCUCUAAUCGUCGUCGCUGCUCCACUUUUUCACCAUCAAUCGCCGUAUCUGCCUUCUUCGCAGCUCCUGCCAGCGUUAAUAAUAACUCUGUUCCGGCAAAAAAUGGAGGUUACACAGUUGGGGAUUUCAUGACACCGAGACAGAAUUUGCACGUUGUUAAGCCUUCAACGUCGGUCGAUGAUGCAUUGGAACUUCUGGUUGAGAAGAAAGUCACGGGAUUGCCUGUAAUUGAUGAUGAUUGGAAUCUGGUUGGUGUUGUUUCUGAUUACGAUUUGCUUGCACUGGACUCCAUCUCUGGCCGCAGUCAAAAUGAUACAAACUUAUUCCCUGAUGUCGACAGUACCUGGAAAACGUUUAAUGAACUCCAGAAACUGAUCAGUAAGACAUAUGGAAAAGUUGUUGGAGACUUGAUGACACCAUCUCCUCUCGUUGUCCGUGAUUCUACCAAUUUAGAAGAUGCAGCCAGGUUGCUUCUGGAAACAAAAUUCCGAAGAUUACCAGUCGUGGAUGCUGAUGGAAAACUGAUUGGGAUCCUUACAAGGGGAAACGUUGUAAGGGCUGCGCUGCAGAUCAAACGGGAAACCGAGAACUCUACAUAGCUAGGAAGCAGCAGUGAUGGAGCAGAUCCCUUGAAUCUGCCAUAGUUAAUAGCGAAAUCUAUUUAUUCC